UUGUGAUAGCAAGAAUGUUAGCAAACACCAGUGCUUAUCAGGCGACGUCACUCACAGCUCUUGUAGCUCUGCAGGGCACGAGCAGCUGCUGCAGGCUGCUGCUGCUCCUGGCAGCCGCGGCAACCACAGCUUCUGCAUGCGCACGUCAGGCUCUGACAGUUUCAAGUGCUACAACACCGGCAACUGCAUAAUCCAGGGUCGGUGCAACGGAUACAACCAGUGUGGCGACGACGACGACAGCGACGAGCGCGACUGCUGCACCGGCGACCAUUUCGUGUGUGGCGACGGCAGAUGCAUCCACAAGCGUCAUGAAUGCGACAGAUGGCACAACAACUGCGGGGACUGGAGUGAUGAGAAGCAUUGCGUGUGCCGCUCUGAUCAGUUCAAGUGCGCCAACUCCGGCCGCUGCAUAAUCGAGACGUGGCUGUGCAACGGAGACAACGACUGUGGCGACACCAGCGACGAGCGCGACUGCUGCACCGGCGACCAUUUCGUGUGCGGCAACGGCUCAUGCAUCCACAAGCGUUGGGAAUGCGACGGCGGGAACAACUGCGGGGACUGGAGUGAUGAGAAGCAUUGCGUGUGCCGCGCUGGUCAGUUCAAGUGCGCCAACUCCGGCCGCUGCAUAAUCGAGACGUGGCUGUGCAACGGACGCAACAACUGUGGCGACGGCGACGACAGCGACGAGCGCGACUGCUGCACCGGCCACCAUUUCGUGUGUGGCGACGGCAGAUGCAUCCCCAAGCGUUGGGAAUGCGACGGCAGGCACAACUGCGGGGACUGGAGUGAUGAGAAGCAUUGCGUGUGCCGCUCUGAUCAGUUCAAGUGCGCCAACUCCGGCCGCUGCAUAAUCGAGACGUGGCUGUGCAACGGAGACAACGACUGUGGCGACACCAGCGACGAGCGCGACU